UACGGCCCAGGAGUGGGUAACCGUUGAGUGGUCGUUGUGAACUUUCAAUAUUAGUUUAAUUCCGUAGUUUUUCCCGGGCAGUUGAGAUUAAGAAAAAAGAGGACGUUGAGUCCCAUUAUAUUACCAUACGAUAUCCGCUCAAUGUCCGGUUAUUGUCUUAUAGACAUGUGUCAUUGAACCAUUCUUUUGCCUAUGAUAUAUGAGUAAACCCUAUCCAAUGGAUUUCCUUUUUCUCUCCUUUUCCCCAUCAAAGCUUCAACUAUACAAGAGGAAGAGAGAAAGUCAUUCCAGAUUGAAGACUAGAUAUUGCAGUGAAGGAAAUGGCAAGCCCUAAGGGGAUGGAUGGAACUCCGGGUGCCUCCUAUGAGACAUUUCCGGUCGCUGAUGUACAGGGAGAAUUGCACCCCGCCCAGAACAAGGAUUUUCAAGUUGAUCCCGUGUCCUCGGACGUGGCUACCUCCUUGGAAUACAAGGAACAAGCAGAGGCGAUAAGAAAGAAAAAGGAGAGGGAAAAGAAGGAUGCCUUGCAGACCCUGAAAUCAGCCAUAAUCGUAUCCGGAGCCAUCUUGGCCGCGGCUGGCGCCGUCUUCGUCAUCACCAAGAAGUUGAAAGAGAAGUGAACUCCCUUUCCUAUGCUAUUCAUUUUUAACUGAUUCCUACUUAUUGUUGACCAUUGUUGUUGUGGUGGUAGUAAAUCGUUUAUACGUGUAUGAUCAAUUUAUUUAUUUACUUUUUUUUUUCUUUU